CGCGUUAACACACAGUCAUCUUUUUCACACACAAAGACAGAAGAUCAAAAUGAACAAGAGCAGACAAUCUUUGAGAGGAUUGAUUAAGAAUCAUCAAUCAGCCAAACACUUUUCUACAAAUAUUUCACCUCAAAAUCCACAUUUUGGUAUUGUUGGCAUGGAAACAUACUUCCCAAAUAGAUUUGUUUCACAAUCAGCUUUGGAACAACAUGAUGGUGUGAGUGAAGGAAAGUACACUAUCGGAUUGGCUCAAAGUAGAAUGGCUGUUGUUGACCUUGAAAGAGAAGAUACUGUUUCAUUGGCAAUGACUGCAGUAAAACGUUUAUUUGAAAAGUAUUCAAUUGACCCAAGACAAGUUAAGAGACUUGAAGUUGGCACAGAAUCACCAGUUGAUAAAUCCAAGUCUAUUAAGAGUUUUAUUAUGCAACAAUUCCCACAAGUUGAUACUUCAGAAAUGGAAGGUAUUGAUACUAUUAAUGCUUGUUAUGGUGCUACUAAUGCCUUGUUCAAUGCCUUGUAUUGGCUCAAUUCCGAACAUACUACUUGUAAAAAGAAUGAUGUUUAUAGUGUUGUUGUAGCUGUAGAUAUUGCUCAAUAUGAAAAGGGACCAGCUAGACCAACUGGUGGUGCAGGUGCUGUUGCCAUGUUGUUGGGUAGAGAUGCUCCUUUGGCUUUUAAUGAUUUUAGAUUGAAGGCAUUCCACAUGGAACAUGCUUAUGAUUUUUACAAACCAGUCAAGACCAGCUAUUUCCCAACUGUUGAUGGUCAAUAUUCAAAUAUUUGUUAUUUGAGAGCUUUGGAUAUUUGUUAUGAAAGAUUAAGAGCUAGACAUGAAGAACCAGUUGCUGUUGCUGAUUUGGAUUAUUUGUGUUUCCAUGCUCCAUACAACAAGUUGGUUCAAAAGUCAUUUGCUCGUAUGAUUUAUUCCGAUUUUGCAUUGACUACCAGUGAGCAAGAAUUUGAUAGAAUUUGUGCUAAAUACAAUGUUAAGGAUGCCGAAACUAAGAGUCAAAUUAAAAAGUUCACCAAAUCUGCUCCAAGAGAAGAGACUUACAAUGAUAACGAAUCAAGCAAAUUCUUUAUUAAUUUAACUAAGAAGAUUUAUGAACAAAAGGUAUCUCCAAGUACUUAUCUUCCAAGAGAAUUGGGUAAUACUUAUGCUGCUUCUUUAUACGCUGGUUUUGCUUCAUUGGUUGGUUUGAAGGGUCAAGAACUCCAAGAUAAGCGUAUUAAUAUGUUCUCAUACGGAUCUGGUUUGGCCAGUGCCAUGUUUGAAUUGCAAGGAAGAGAAACUACUCACAAGAAACACAGAUAUCAAUUGGAUGACAUUAAGAAUAUCCUUGAUUUACCAAAUCGUCUUAACAAUAGAAUUGAAGUAAGCCCAGAACAAUAUUCUUCCAUCAUGGAUGCUAACAUGGAAACAUAUUUGAAGCAUGACUUUGUUGCCACAAAUCCUACCGAUUAUAUUGAUUCAGGAUCUUAUUACUUGGAUAGAGUCGACGAUAAGCACAGAAGAUUCUAUUUGAAGAAGGAUUAAUUUUGUAAUUUUUUUUGUGUAUUUUAAUGAUUGAUGUGUUAAUCAAUUUUGAUUACAACACAGUUGUGUUGGCCUAAUGUAUAAAUAUUUCUUUUAACUUAUUUACAAAA